UCCAAGGCGGCGUCGCUAAAUCAAACGCCACACUGCAACAAACCCAGUUCUAGAGAACGUUAGACUCGAGAAUCGUAAUGAAAAACAGCAGAGAACCCGUGACUGAAAUCUCCCAUUCUUACUCCUUAACAAGUUGCACAGGAGAAACGUUAUUUUGCAAGUACUGGCCAACACUUGAGCCACCCAAAGCUUUGGUCUUUAUUGCUCAUGGAUUCGCAGAACACUGUAUGCGGUAUGACGACUUUGCUAAAGCUCUAGUAACACGUGGAGUUUUAACAUUCGCCCAUGAUUUUGUGGGUCACGGACGUAGCAGUGGUCCUCGCGCUUUGAUAAAAAGCUUCGACGACUGUACUGAAGAUGUUUUCCGACACGUGGAUUUUAUGAAAGCGAAAUAUCCGAAUCGUCCACUAUUUUUAAUUGGAUUUUCAAUGGGAGGAACAAUUGCUAUAAAAGCGGGGCUAAAAAGACCUUAUGAGUUUAAAGGCAUUGUGAUUUUGGCAGGAGGUAUUUGGUUACAGCCCGCUGACCACAAACCAUAUAAGCGUCAUUUAGCCAACUUUUUCGGAAAAAUGAUCCCAAGUAUUCCAGCCAGUAGAAUAAGAUUAAACAAGGUUUUACGGACGAAAGAAGCAUUAAAAAAUAGAUUGGCAGAUCCUUAUAUGUACAACGGUCCUUGGUUGAAGGUUGGAUAUGCAAGAGCUUUGCUUAAUGCCGUAAAGGAGCUCGAAAACCAGCUAGAAAAUACUGCAUUUCCUAUGUUAAUAAUACAUGGUGCCCAAGAUAAGAUUUGUGAUGUACGAGGUGCUAAGAAACUUUACGAGUCUACGAUCUCUACGGACAAAAUGUUGAAGAUUUAUCCAAUAUCUUUUCAUUGUCUUUUGGAUGAACCUGAUGGUAUACCUGACCAAAUUAUUGAGGACAGUGUGAGCUGGGUGAAUGCCAGGGUACUUUAGUACAACUUACUAACAUUAUCAGCUGCACAUGACAAAAAAGGGCAGCCCAAGAUAUGACAAGUUUUUUUUAUGUGUUAUUCUUCAUUACUAUUUCAAAAUAAUUAUGGGGGAGAAGUGUAAAUAACGUACAUACAUUUGUGAUCAAUAAACCAUACUUUUUA